CUCGGGACAUCUCGUAAGAUCUCGUUUCUCCCUUUAAAACAGCGAGACUUUACGGAAGGCGUCACCGCUGCUGCAGCUAACCAAGCUAACGGAGCUGCUUCUUUCAUACUGAUAGUCUCUAAACACGAUGGACGGCAGGAGCUACGGGUCCGGAUACUCCAGUUGGGGAGGUGGCGGGUCAGGCAGCAGAGGGUCUGGUGGCUUCGACUUGUAUGGAGGGGGUGGCUAUAAAGACUCCAUGUCCGGGUUGGGGGGCUAUGGAGGAGGAGGAGGUGGAGGAGGCCACAUGAAGAGGGGGCUCUCAGGAUCCUCCCUGAUUUCCUCCACAGGAACACAUGCUGAUGCAGUCAUCGCCAAAAUCAACCAGCGCCUGGACAUGCUGACUCAGCUGGAGGGGGGGCUGAAAGGGACCCGCGGGGACAGGUUUGACCACUACGAGUCAUACGACUCACGCUCCCCCGCCCUGCCCCCCUCCCGGGAUCUCUACAGAUCCUCCGCUGGGAGCUAUGGUUACGGCGAUGGCCGAGAGGACGGGAUGCUGCUGAGUCAGCGAGGAGGCUCCGGCUUUGGUGGGGGGGUUGGUCUGGGAGGGGGUGGCGGUGGCUUUGACAGCCCCUCCUCUUCCUACGGAGUCGCCAAAAUGCGACAAAAUAUGAGGGAGUCCUUCAACAGUAACCAGGGAGGAGGGGGGGGCUGGCCCGGAGCAGGCCGCCGCUCCCCCAGAAGGGGCGGAGCCACCGGGGGCCGAGGAGCAGGAGGGUUUGGAAACCGCAGGUCGGACCCCCCUCCGUUAGGCGGGGGUGGGCGGGGGAGUAGCCAGUCCCACCGCGGACACACUUCUCCGGGUGGGGGUCGAGGCAAGCUGCCCUCCCUCCUGUCCAGCCGCAUGUACCCCGAGACCGGGGGCUUCCAGCAGCAAGACUUCCCCGGGAGGCACUUUGGAGGGGGCCCACGGGCCGGCCGGCAGCGGGGCCGCAAGAGACCCCUCAACAAAACCCUCACAUCGGACAAGGAAACACCCCCCUCUAACUCCCCACAGCCUAAGCAGGUGAAGCCUCAGCGGGAGAUGCAGAAGAAGAGGAAGCAGACUCUCACUGCAGCCGACGAACCCGAGUCCAAGAUGAACCGGACGGAGACCGCAGACCCAGAAACACAACAAGAGCCAGCAGAAAAGAACGGUGACGACGGUGAAACGAAACCGGCAGUCGAGGACAUCAACCCUCCUGCAGAUGCAGAUAACGGCGCCCCCUACCAGAAGGACAACAAGAGUCCGGCGGGCAAACACACCCCGACCCCCAGCCAGGACAAACAUCCCAAGAUGAGGAAGAGGAGGGGCUUCCUGGAGAGGGUGAUGUUCGCCUGCUCGGUGUGUAAGUUCCGCUCCUUCUACAAAGAAGAGAUGGAGACUCACCUGGACAGCCGAUUCCACAAAGACCACUUCAAGUUCCUGUCCGGACAGCUGACCAAGCCCACCACUGACUUCCUGCAGGAGUAUUUGCAGAACAAGUUUAAGAAGACGGAUCAGAGGGUGGGUCAGCUGGAGAACCACAGCGCCGCCAUCUGUCAGGUGUACAGAGAGCAGGACCUCACCAAGGAUCUGGGGAUGGAGCACUUCAUGAGGAAGGUGGAGGCCGCUCACUGCGCCGCCUGCGACGUUUUCAUCCCCAUGCAGCCGCAUCUCAUCCAGAAACACAUCAAGUCCCCGGAUCAUAACUACAACAGGAAGGGGAUGAUGGAGCAGUCGAAGAGGGCCAGUCUCUCAGUCGCUCGCAGCAUCCUGAACCACAAACUGAUCGGGAAGAAGCUGGAGAGCUACCUGAAGGGGGAGAACCCAUUCACGGGGAACCAGGACGAUCAGGAUCCCGAGGACUCGAUGGUGAUGGACGUCUCUGAGCUGGAGCUCACUAGCGAGGUGGGAGGCGACCAGACAGAGGAGGGGAAGGCUCGGGAGGAGGAAGAGGAGGCUCGGGAGGAGGAGGAGGAGGAGGAUCGGGAGGAGGAGGAAGCUCGGGAGGAAGAGGAGGUUGCACCAGUGGAGGAACAGGAGAAGGCAGCAGAAACCGCUGAGGGAGAAACAACAACAACGACGACGACAACAGGAGAGGAAGAGGAGGAGAAGAUGGAGGCUGAGGAAGGACAGCAGGGAGAGGAGGAGGGAUUUGAAGUUGAAGAGGAAGAGGAGGGUUAUGUGGUGCACGAUGAGAUCGGUGAAGAUGAGGGAGUUCAGGCAGAGGAGGAAGGAGUGCAGGCAGCAGAGGGAGUAGAGGAGAAGAAGGAUGAAUGAUUCUGAGCCGCCUGAGAUCAGAAACUGAAACCGUCAGUAAUCUGAAUUUAUAAAAUCAGAUUUCAUUUGUAGAACAGAAUCACCCAAAACCCCUUCAGUUUCCAGACUUUAAGAUCCAUUAAACUCAUUCAAUUCUGACAUUAUACUCUGACGUUUUAAAUUCAGAAUGCUUAACACACUUUAUAAGUAAUAACAGAGACACCAACCUGCUCGCUCCAUUUUUACUGUUGAACUCGUUUUAUUUGUAUUGCAGGAGCUCCUCUCCUCUGUCUCUCCGCCGGGAAUAAUCCUCUCCAGACGUUUCUUUUUGUGCCUUUUGUUGAAAGUGUUUUUGUUUUCCAUUAUUCUCUUUAAGACGUUGUGUAGAGAGAUGUGUUAAACCUGAUGAAUAUUCAUACCGGUUUUAUUCUGCAGCCGUCUGUGGAGUCAUGUAUUUAACAUGGAUAUCAGUCGUGAAAUAAACCUGUUGAAUAAA